AUGAGCUCCAACGACAUAGAUCAUACAUGGCCCAACGGUCACGACGACCACUCGUUCUGGCCAAACCCUUCUCAUUACGAUCCCACCAGCAAGAUCAUGCUCGCAGCAGUCAUCUCUUCAUCAGCAGUUAUCCUCAUCAUCUUCACUCUUCAUCUAUACGCAAGAUUCGUUCUCCAUCGCCGUAGAGAAGCUAGCUUUCGUGGCCUCCCCGUCCUAUUACGCCACCCUUUCCAAACGCCAAAACGUGGCCUAGACUCAACAGUCAUCGCUUCUCUCCCUAUUUUCACCGUUGGAGCCAUCGGUGACACUACUGAAUGUGCGGUGUGUCUUAGCGUGUUGGAAGAGCAAGACACGGCAAGAGAGUUGCCUAACUGUAGACAUGUUUUUCAUGUUGUUUGUGUUGACACGUGGCUCUCCACUUGCUCAACAUGUCCUGUUUGUCGGAAUGAAGUUCAGCCGAGGCCGAGACUUGAGCCUGAGCCAAGAGAAGGACCAGUUGGAGACGUUGUCUCACCACCAACUGCGCCACCGUUGGAGGAAGCCAGGCUGAACUCUUCGUCGGUUUUACGACUAGACUCGUUUAGGAGAAUCUUGACAAGAGAAAGAUCUUGGAACAGGAUCAACCAUUCUUGUGUUGGCCAAGAACAUGCAGUGGAACUUGAGUCCACAUAG